AUGCGCCAAGACAACCCACCAGGCCACCGCCACUGUUUAGAACCGGCUUUUGGGAACUUCCAUUUUAAGCGCCCUGAAUCUGGAGGAGCAGACUGUAUUUACAAGUCUUGAAGAACGGAAAAAGUUCACACUUUCACACGCUCUUUUCACUUUCAUGUGUGUGCAAAAACAGAGCAAGUUUACACAAACUUCGAGAUAGAAGAACAAGAUAUUACAUAUAUAUAUAUAUAUAUAUAUAUGUAUAUGUUGUUAGAGGAAGACAGAAUCUAUAUAGUAAAACAAAAUCCAUAGGUUCUGCUAGUGAGAUUGGGGAUUUUCUUAGUUUGGCGGUUUCUAAUUUGCUUGAAGAAUCAAUAGAAUACGAGGAAACGCAGAUCAGUUCUCAUCAAGAAUUGUAAUGGAGACUUGUAACAUGAGCUAUUCUCCAAAUAUGGAAGAAGAAUAUCAGAAAUUUAUUCGAAGAAUGAAUCCACCCCGAGUUGUAAUCGACAAUGAUUCUUGUCAAAAUGCCACUAUCAUUCAGGUGGAUAGUGCCAACAAACAUGGAAUACUUUUGGAGGUUGUACAAAUUCUCACAGAUUUGAAUUUUGUAGUAAGAAAAGCUUACAUAAGCUCCGAUGGCGGGUGGUUCAUGGAUGUCUUCAAUGUCACUGACCAAGAAGGAAACAAAAUUACAGAUAAAGAAGUUUUGGAUUAUGUUCGUAAGGCUUUUGGCUCAGAGAGUAGCUUCAUGACAAUGGUGAAAUCUAUUGGGAUGAUACCCUCAGAUGACCACACCGUAAUCGAGUUGAUUGGAAGUGACAGACCUGGAUUACUCUCUGAACUUUGUGCUGUGCUCACACACUUAAAGUGUAAUGUUUUGAAUGCUGAGUUAUGGACUCACAACACACGAGCUGCAUCUGUAAUGCAAGUAAGCGAUGAGGAAUCUGGUGCAGCCAUUUCUGAUCCAGAAAGGCUCGCUAACAUAAAGCAAAUGCUAUCCAAUGUGCUUAAAGGGAGCAAUGAAGCUCGAGAAGCUAAAACUGCUGUUGGUCAUGGUGUUACGCAUACCGAGAGACGGCUUCACCAGAUGAUGUUCUCUGUUAGAGACUAUGAGAGGGGUGCUUAUGAAGGUUCCGAUGAAAAACAAAGGCCUGUUGUGAAUGUUGUUGAUUGGUACGAUAAAGAUUGUUCAGUGGUCACUAUUCGUUGUAAAGAUCGCCCUAAACUUCUGUUUGACACGAUUUGCACUUUGACCGACAUGGAGUACGUGGUUUUUCAUGGGAAUGUUGAUGCUGAAGGACCAGAAGCUCAUCAGGAAUACUGUAUCAGACAUAUAGAUGGGUCUCCCAUGAAAUCAGAUGCAGAGAGGCAAAGAGUGAUCCAAUGUCUUGAAGCAGCCAUAGAAAGAAGAGUAUCUGAGGGAUUGAAGCUAGAACUCUGCACCACAGACAGGGUUGGGCUGCUAUCAAACGUCACCCGCAUCUUCCGUGAGAACAGCCUCACGGUCACAAGAGCAGAGGUGGCGACCCGUGGCAAUAAGGCAGUGAAUACGUUCUACGUUCGUGAUGCUUCCGGGUACCCUGUUGACCUCAAGAUUAUCGAAUCUAUCAGGAAAGAAAUUGGACAAACGAUACUUAAAGUGAAAGGGAACUCUCAAGAUUCUACCCAAGGUCCUCAAGAAUCUCCCACCAGGUUUCUAUUUGGUGGCCUUUUUAAGUCCAAAUCUUUUUGCAACUUUGGCCUUGUUAGAUCCUAUUCCUGAAGGUAUACCGCUAAACACCCUUUUCUAGAUCUGGUAGUUGGUUCCUUGAUCGAUCGCCUAGAUGGUUAAAUCCAGAGUAAUUAUUACAACAAAAUCGGGUUUACUUGACACCAAGAGUGUACAAGUGUCUUUAUAGACUAGUUUACAGUACUUAAGUUUAUAGGACCAAAUAAUUGUGCGUCAUAUGUAAAAAUAUUUCAAAACAUUUACAAGACGUUUUUGGACGGCUCAACAAGUUUUUUAAGACUUCUGUAAAAUAGUAUUAUUUUUUUAUAGGAAUAAGAAACUUCUUUCUCAUAAGACAAACAUCAUGUAAUGUCAUAUAAAAAAAUUAAUAAGAUGUUUAUCUUUAAAUUAUCCUAAAAAUUUGUUAAGACGUCCAAAAGCAUCCUAUUACAUGGGACACAUAAUUGUUCGAUACUUAUAAAGUAGUAUAUUAUGGCAUUUUGACAUUUUUGGUGUCUUAUGAACCCGUUUUUGUCGUAGUGAAUGAUGAUCUAACGACUUGUAUCUCAUACAAUGGAAGUAUACGUUGUUCUAGAUUUGGCCAUUUUAGCAGGUGGAAAAGGACACCCCAAUCGAAGCAAUUUCUAGACACGGUUUUUUUUUUUUUCGAAGCGGUGUUUGUAAAUAUCCUUUAGUUUUUCUAUUAUUGAUCCAACACGAAGUUUGAUCUAGGAAAGUGACAGAAUAAUUUGUGUAAAUAUUGUUAGAUUUCUAGUUAUCUAGUGAAGGGUUGUUCUUGAUUUGUUUGUGAGUUCACAUUAAAAUCUAAGGUUGUUCUGAUGGAUUAAAUUUGAUUGUUUUUUA